GUAAAAAAAUCGCAGCCACCAUGUCUGAGACUCCGGGGCGCCCGAUGAAGUUCCCAUACACAUUCUCGGCGAAGAUCGCCCAGUUCCCCAUGAAAUAUUAUGUUACGAACCAAUGGAUUUGGAAGUAUUGGAUGGUCGGUAUUGCUGUGUCUAUACCCAUCUUCUACAAGAUUCAUAAGCUCGCUAACUCCCCUGAGAACGUGAGCAAAUGGGCAGAGAUCAGAAGGAAGGAGGCGGCGGAACAUCACUAGGCUA